UCUGUAGAUUUGUGUAAAUUUAAUAAUUGUUUAAAUGGUGGAAAGUGUGAGGAUAUUUUUAAUGAGAUUAAAUGUAAUUGCCCGUUGGGGUUUGAUGGAAAAUAUUGCCAAGUUUGGAUAAUUGUUGUUAAAUUAAUAAGUAAAUUAUUUAAAGAUUCAAAUAAAUGAAUGUGAAACGAUGAAUGGAAAUUUGGAAUGUUUACCCAAUGGGCAGUGUGUUGAUGAUAUUAAUGGUUUUCAUUGUCAAUGUUUACCAGGCUUUACAGGUCCAAAAUGUAAAGAAAUAUUAAAUUUAAACCAAAAUAAAUGUCAAAACAAUACUUGUAAUAAUAAUGGAGAUUGUUUGGAAUAUUCAAAUAAUUCUACUUUUAAAUGUAAAUGUACUAAUACUAAAUUUGUUGGAAAAUAUUGUCAAAUUGAUAAAAAUAAAAUUAAUUGUGUAGAUAAUAAUCCUUGUGAAAAUGGAGGUAAAUGCUUUGAAAAAGAAGGAAGAGGAAAUGGGCAAAUUAAUUGUUUAUGUCCCCCAAACUAUUCCGGCCAAUUUUGUGAAGAUUAUACCGAUCCUUGUAGCGAACUGCCCUGUCUAAAUGGUGGAAGAUGUAUUAAUAUUCCAUCAUCAGCUAAUUUUCGUUGUGAAUGCCCGAAAGAAUUUUCUGGAAAAUUUUGUGAAGAUUUUAAGGAUUAUUGUGGGAAUAGUAAGCAGGGAUUUGAUGGUAAUACUAAUGCUUCUUUUUGUUCUGGACAUGGAAUAUGUGAGAAUAUUUGGGGAGGAUAUAGAUGUAUUUGUAAUGAAGGAUGGCGUGGUCCUAACUGUUCAUCCCAAGUUGAUGUUUGUACAGAAGAAUUACCCUGUUUAAAUGAAGGAAGGUGUAUUCUGUUAGAUAAUGAGGGAAAAAAUAAUUCGACUCAAUCAACAUUUAGCUGUGAAUGUCCAGACUAUUUCGAAGGCGAACGCUGUGAGAUAGCUGGAACUUGUUCAAAAAAUCCCUGCCUUAACAACGGUCAAUGUAUACAAAAAAACAUAUCAACACACCAAUGCGAAUGCCCACCAGGAUUUUGGGGGUUAUCAUGUGAAAAACGUUUAGACUUUUGUUUGGGAGACCCUUGCAUGAAUGGAGGGACUUGUAUUUCCAAAACUAAUGGUUUUGAAUGUUCUUGUAUUGCUGGAUUUGUUGGAGAGAAAUGUGAAAUUGAUGUAGAUGAAUGCGAGGAAGCUUUGAAAACUUUAAAUAAAAAUGGGACAAAUGUUGAUAUUAAAAUAUGUGGAGUAGGAAGAUGUGUGGAUAAAGUAAAUGGGUUCGAAUGUGAUUGUAGUGGAACUGGAUAUUCGGUAUGAGUUGGUGAUAAAAAAUUGUUGGUUAUA